CAAAGGGUGGAAUAUAUCUGAUCAGAAUGACUUCACCACAGGACUUUGAAGCUCUUGUAGUCCUUGUUGAUCUCAUAGUGGAUGGUGAUUUUACCAAUGUACGAGAAUUGCUAAGGGUUGCGCCUUUCGAGAAGAGAAUUGUCCUUCAAGCGUUGUUGAGCUAUACUCCACCAUUGACUCCUUCACAGGAAUUGCUAUUCCUCGAUGAAUGGCUCAAAUUGCCAAAAUCUGACGCUGUUGACAUCCCAGCGUCUCUUACUGAUGACCCUAUCGCAUUGCAAAGCUUGGAUCUAUCACCAGAGGUGCUAGAAGGGAGACUAACCGCUAUUGUGGACAAACUGAACAAAGAUGACACGCUGUACGGACUGGACGACACCACAAUGAUAUCCUUUAUCAAAUCUCGUGCUAGGAAGUUGGAUGCAUCAAGCUUACUCGAUUUUGAGGACGUUCUUCUUCACUCUGUUAAGAAAGAUACUCAAUUCAGUCAAUGGAACUCUGCAGUGUUGGUCCCCUUGCAUUACCUAAGAUCAAUAACGACAGCUGAAGAUAUUAGCUUAUCGCAGUUCGAAGAGUUGAAAACAGAGGAACGAGUAGAGUUGAUUCUUGAAACUCUUAGAAUCACGGGAACUCAGCAACUACAACCGCAAUUCAUUACAUAUUUGACAUCGCUGGAUCGUGAUAUCUUGUUGAAACUGAUACACCCAGUGGUUGAUCAUGAUGAGCUCAUAUUGCUCAAUCAGGUUAUCAGUUUGUUAUUCUCAGAAGUAGAGCACAAGGAUGACGCCAUAAGUGCUAUCCUUGAAGUGUUUUACAACUUCAACUCCCCAGAUUCGAGAAUAUUAGAUUCUAUCUAUAGCACACUAAACGUGAUGAAGAUGAGUACUGCAAAUGGAUCAGUUGAAAGGGCAUUACACAUCGUAAAGUCAACAAUGGAGUUCCCACUAAAGUAUGAGACACUGGGUGAUUUGGAGAAAAUAUCCAAUGAUUACAAGCUACAGCUUUCAAAAUUUGAGUCAAUUACAGACUCAGCAUCAAGAGUGGAGAUGAGACAACUCCUUGCACAUUUCAACCUAUUAAAGCAGGCUAUAUUCCCGGAUCUGGAUAGCACAAGUACAAAGAGACUUAUACUGGAUAAACUACUCUCAUUGAAACUGUAUGAUGAUUUGGAUGUUGAAGCGUCAGAUGAACCAAUAAUCAUCCAACAUUUUUGGGAUUGUUUUAAAACGGCAACCAAUGGUUCAAAGGACCGUGGAGAGCUGUUCAACGCCUAUCAAUCAUUGAAGAUAAUCACUCCAAGAUCAAACCAAGUUGAAAAGCUUUUAACAUUUGUGGAUGCCGUGGAUAAACUGUUCCACUAUUCAAUCUACUUCAAAAGGGGAACACCAUUCAAACCAGUAGACUUACUUACUGUUGACGUCAGAGAAUUAGUGCAAAAGAUACUAGAAUUGAAUGAUGGUGCAUAUACUGAUCCAGAUGGUCUGCACCACUUGUUAACCCAACUAUCCCAUGGUCUUCCAGAGAGCUCCUUCCCUUCAAAAGAAGAACUAAGAUGCUUCUGUAUCGAUUCUUCCCUUGCGCAUGGUGAUUUUGACUAUGCAUAUGAUUUGGCAUCAUCAACUAUCAUGUCUUCAUCUGAGGUGCUUCAAUCCGAACACUGGUAUACAUGGUUCCAAGUGGCCAAGUAUGUCUCUCCGGAAUGGCUGGAGACCGAGAUUCCUGAGUCUAUCAUUGAAAAGCAACUCUCUCUGCUAUCCCAAGUAUUAUUGAUUUGUCCAAUCCAACAUUCCCAGGUGGUUAUCACUCAAUGGAAAUCACUUGAUAUGGACCUUGCACUGAGAGAGGAAACGUUACCUGUACUUGACAAUCAGCCUCAACAACCUCAAUCUAGAAGUUUAGAGUCCAGAUUGGCCAGAGCAUUGAGUUCUACUGCAAAUGAAAUCAUGCAAGAAGGUAACGGUGCACCAAUCAAAAAUUUACUCUCCAAUGGCCUGGGAUGGAUGAAGAACUCCAUUGGUUAA